AUGGAAGCCUCCAACGAGACAUGGGAAGUGGAGUUUUUCCUGGUGGGGUUCCCAGAUCUCAAGCGCUUUCACCUCCUGCUCUUUAGCCUCCUGUUGUUCACCUACUUACUCAUUCUUGGUGGCAAUGCUGUCAUUCUGAUGCUUAUCUGGGCCAACCCACAUCUUCAUGUCCCCAUGUAUUAUUUUGUGGCCAUCCUGUCUUUCUUGGAGGUGUGGUACACCACAGUGACCAUCCCCAAGAUGCUGGCCAACCUCCUGGACAGCAGGAAGCCCAUCUCCUACAGGAGUUGCCUCCUGCAGGUGUAUUUCUUCCAUGCGUUGGGCAUUACGGAGGCCUGUUUGCUCACAGCAAUGGCCUACGACCGAUACUUGGCCAUCUGCAAGCCUUUGCACUACCCAUUUACCAUGACCCCCAAGAUUUGCCUGUGGCUAGUGGCAGGGUGCUGGGCAUGUGGCUUCAUAUGGCCCGUGCCAGAAAUCAUCCUGCUCUCCACAUUGCCCCUCUGCAGGGCGCAUCGCAUAGAGCACCCUUUCUGUGACUUCCCCUCGCUGCUCAGCUUGGCCUGCGCUGAUGUGUCCACCAGCACCACCUUAGACUUCGCCCUCCACUCCUUCGUCAUCCUCGGCCCCGCCACCCUUAUCCUCUUCUCUUACAUGAAGAUCCUGAGUGUCGUCAUCAAGAUCCAGGGUUCGGAAGGGCGGCGAAAGGCCUUCUCCACCUGCGCCUCUCACUUGACCGUGGUCUUGGCCUUUUUCAGCACCACUGGUUUCAUGUACAUCCGCCCAGCACGAAGCCAGCCUUCAUACCACGACAGGGUGGUGGCAGUGGUCUAUGCGGUUCUAACCCCCCUCUUCAACCCACUGAUUUACAGCUUGAGGAACAAAGAUAUCCAGAAAGCACUCAGCAAUCUCAUGAAACCCUAG